CCUGUGGACCGCAUCUCCAACACAAAUAACUCUUACACUUAAGGCAAGUUCUCACUAGUUCCUCUUUCACUUCGACAUAGUACUUGUUUCCUAAAAAAAAUGUAAAAUGAAAGUAAAGCGGACGACUUCUGUAUUCCUGAAGUAAAGUAUCUCAGCAUCUCUCUGUCUCCGAUAAAUUCUUCAACAAUUUAACUAAUAUAUGGAGAGGUCUACGUCGUCAUCACUUUGCUUGUUGGGUACAUCAUUGAUUUCAUAUCAUGAGUGAUCAUCUUCAUAAUUAUCAUCCUCAUCAUCAUCAUCAUCAUCAUCGUCGUCAUCGUCGUCCUCGUCUUCUUCUAAUACAGUGGAGCUGGUCCCAACUGGCGAGGCGAUCCGGAGACUGGUGCGGUGACGAGCGCACGUCCAGAACGCAAUAUCUACGGUGCCAACACCAGCUAUGGCCCUCCUUAUAAGUAGAUACUUCUUUUAAAUGUAAGAAGAAGAACUCGGUUGAGAAGGAUGAAGAUACAACUACUUAUAUCAAAGGAAAAUUUGUUCUCAUAUCUCGCGAAGGAAAGUCAUCAUAGCUGAGAAGGAGAAGAAAUUUUCCUUUCAUAACUUAGUAAGAUGAAGGAGAUUGAUCCAAAUGCUGAUGGACGAAAAUCCAAAAUUGUUUGAAUUGUAGUUACACCAGGAUACAAGCAUGAAAUACAAAUACAGUAGUCAUGAUUCGUGCCUGAAUAUUUAUCAGCGGUAGUUCUUCAUUUUCAUUUUCAUCAAGUGAAUGUUGAACAUGAGAGACCACUCCUACUUACUUCGAAGAAAUUGCUAAUAUACCGGUGAUUCUCAAUUCGGAAGACGCGGUGGUAGUGUCGAGGACGGUGCGGCUGCACAGCACCUCGGAGCAGGAGCAUCUUCUUUGUCCUCCUAUAACAGCAUCAAUCAACGUCGGACGAACGCGGCGUCCGAACAGGAGGCUAUUCGUGGUGGAUCGCAAGAUCCCCGCUCCCAGACUGCACAGAUGUUGCGCGACACUAAUCCUUACGGAAGCCAAAUACGUUUACGUUAA